AGCCUCGUAAAACAUCCACAACACGUCGAUUUUUAAUGACGUAGUACGCAACAACGGGCAGCCAGACUGUAACCGACGGUAAAACACGUGUUAGAAACUGCAGCUAUGAAUUGGAACAAAGGAGGACCGAGUGGUAAACGUGGAUUUGGCUUCGGAGGGUUUUCUCUCUCUGGGGGUAAAAAAGAGGAGCCUCGACUGAACCAGCAGUCUCACGGUUCGUUUGGAAGCUCGGGGUCUGCAGGAGGUUUCGGGAAAAACCAGCAGCUGCCUGCGUUUUACAAGAUCGGAACCAAACGUGCCAAUUUUGACGAAGAAAAUGCCUAUUUUGAGGAUGAUGAGGAGGAAUCAGGUGCCGCAGAUCUGCCUUAUAUCCCAGCGGAGAACUCUCCUACUAGGCAGCAGAUGCAGUCUGGGGGGGGAGGAGGUGGAAGUGGAGGAGGUGGAGGAGGAUCAGACAGUGAAGAUGAUCCCCUUGAUGCCUUUAUGGCUGAGGUCGAGAACCAAGCAGCCAAGGACAUGAAGAAACUGGACGAAAAAGAAAAAGAGAAAAAGCUGACCAAGGGUAUUCGAGAUGACAUUGAAGAGGAAGAUGAGCAAGAGGCUUAUUUCCGUUACAUGGCGGAGAACCCGACGGCGGGGCUGAUCCAGGAGGAGGAGGACGAGUCCAUGGAAUAUGACAGCGACGGGAACCCCAUCGCUCCCACCACUAAAAAGAUCAUCCUGCCUCUUCCUCCUAUUGAUCACUCUGAGAUCGACUACCCUCCUUUUGAGAAGAACUUCUACGACGAGCAUGAAGAGCUCAACAUCUUGACUGGAACACAAGUGGUGGAGCUGAGACACAAGCUCAACCUGAGGGUGUCUGGCGCCGCUCCUCCUAAACCCUGCACCAGCUUCGCUCAUUUCGGCUUUGACGAGCAGCUCAUGAAUCAGAUCCGCAAGUCCGAGUACACGCAGCCGACACCCAUCCAGUGCCAGGGUGUCCCUAUAGCCCUGAGCGGCAGAGACCUCAUCGGCAUCGCCAAAACGGGGAGCGGCAAGACGGCCGCCUUCAUCUGGCCAAUGCUGGUGCACAUUAUGGACCAGAAGGACCUGGAGCAGGGCGAGGGACCAAUUGCUGUGGUCGUCUGCCCUACCAGAGAGCUCUGUCAGCAGAUCCACGCAGAAUGUAAACGCUUCGGAAAGGCGUAUGGCCUGCGCUCUGUGGCCGUGUACGGAGGGGGCAGCAUGUGGGAACAGGCCAAGGCUCUACAGGAAGGGGCCGAGAUCGUCGUGUGCACUCCGGGCCGCCUGAUAGAUCAUGUAAAGAAGAAGGCGACAUCCCUGCAGCGAGUGACCUAUCUGGUGUUUGACGAGGCUGAUCGUAUGUUUGAUAUGGGCUUUGAGUAUCAGGUGAGAUCCAUCGCCAGCCACGUACGACCAGACAGACAAACUCUGCUGUUCAGUGCCACGUUCAGGAAGAAGAUCGAGAAGUUGGCACGGGACAUCCUUAUUGACCCGAUCCGCGUAGUGCAGGGAGACGUCGGAGAGGCGAACGAGGACGUGACCCAGCUGGUGGAGGUGCUGAGUGGCACGGAUAAGUGGGACUGGCUGACAAGGAGACUGGUGGAGUUCACCUCAUCUGGCUCCGUGCUCAUUUUCGUGACUAAGAAGGCCAACAGUGAGGAACUGGCCACCAACCUGCAGCAAGAGGGCUACAGCUUGGGCUUGCUACAUGGAGACAUGGACCAGAGCGAGAGGAACAAAGUCAUCAGCGACUUCAAGAAGAAGAGCUUGCCAGUCCUGGUGGCCACUGAUGUCGCGGCUCGUGGAUUGGACAUACCUUCAAUCCGUACUGUUGUAAACUAUGACGUUGCCCGGGACAUCGACACACACACACACCGCAUCGGCCGUACGGGUCGCGCCGGAGAGAAGGGUGUGGCCUAUACUUUGCUCACAAGCAAAGACACCUCAUUCGCGGGUGACCUUGUCCGUAACUUAGAGGGUGCGAAUCAGAGCGUCCCGAAGGAACUGAUGGAUUUGGCCAUGCAGAAUCCCUGGUUCAGGAAAUCUCGUUUUAAGAGUGGAAAAGGAAAGAAGCUGAAUAUCGGAGGUGGAGGUCUCGGCUACAGGGAGCGACCAGGCUUAGGAUCUGAUUCCUCAGAGCGCAGUAGUGGUUCUGUCCUUGGCAACUACGAGUCCUACAAACCCCCAAGUGGAGCCAUGGGAGAUCGCAUGGCUGCCAUGAAGCAAGCUUUUCAGGCCCAGUACAAGAACCACUUUGUGGCAGCAUCCAGCAGCUCUCCCAAGCUCAGCGCUCAGUCAAAUAGCACCUCAGGUUGGACAAGUGCAGGCAGUCUGAGUUCAGUGCCCUCUGGAUCCCCCGAAGGAAGCCGUACGUUGUUAUCUUCCUCCCCGAUGCCCCCUCCUCCUCCGGCCAUCAGUCUGGGUACUAAGCUGGCCGGCUUUAGCAGCUCGGGCUCUCUGAGCUCUGUGUCAGACUCUCACUCCUCCUCCUCCUCCUCCUCCUCCUCCUCCUCCUCUUCUUCGUCCAGAGAGGAUUCCCGCCACGACAGGAGCCGCCAUGGAGACAGCCACCAUCGCCACAGUGACCGGGAUCGGUAUGGGGACAGGGAUCGCUACGGCGAUCGUGACAGGGACCGCGAUCGUCACAGCGACAGCCGCAACGGCGAUGGUCGCCGUGAGAGAGACACUUGGAAAGGAGAAAGAGAGAGCGGAGAAAGGGAGAGCGGAGAAAGGUCAAGCUCACACAGAGGAGGCGAGGACAGCUUCGCUGUUCCAGAUCCACCAAAACGGAAAAAGAGCAGGUGGGACAGUUAGAGAGAAACCAGCAGGAGACCUCGAACGAGCAGCUCUGAGAUCAGCCAGCCUUCACAGCACAGUCCAUCUGUCUGCUGUUCCUCAAAUGUCAACAUAUAAAGGGCACUGAAGACUCUGAGAGAGUUACAUCUGCCUGUUCUCUUCAGUAGAUUCACUGUCCCUUUUUCCGUCCUGCGGCUGGUCGCGAUGUUUUAAGCUGUAAAUGAGAAAGUAUGAAUUAUAGAGAUGUGGAACAGUCAUGCAGGCCUUUCUCUGUAACUGUGUAUGAGUGUGUGUGUGCAAAUACAUCUUUCUGACCACAAAGUAAUGUUUUGGGGAGGAGAUUAUUAGGGCUUUUUUUGUUUUAGGGUGCAGGAACGACUUCGGUUCCUAGUGUUGAAUUAAAAAAGAGAGUUAAACAAUUUCGACAUGUCUGUGAUUAAAAAUAAGAAUUAUUCAAAGACUUAGUCAUUGAUAUAAUGAUCCAAAGUAUCUGUGAGUGAUCUAUUUUGUAGGUUUAUGUCUUCGUUCUCUAUUUUAGUACAUACCAUUUGAGCUUGGUCAGAGUUGUGCCCUUAUGUAGUCCCCUUCUAUCCUCUCUGUGAUUUUGUGUUAUUUUAAAAGAGAAAUUAAGUAUGCUAACUAGGUGACCUUAAAACUCAUGGCUUUAGUUUGGUACCUGGCUCUAAAUAAAGUGAAGGUAUUAAGUCAUACUCCGCCAGUCAUUGCAUAAAAACCUUGAAAACAUCACAAUCUACUUAUGUAGGGAGGAGGUCUGGAAUAAAAUGUGUGCCGUGUAUUUUUAUUCCGGUCUGCUACAUUCUGAAGGCUUAUCUAAACACAUUAAACACUUUUCUUGUAUUUCAUCCAUUUCAACCAUUUUGUGAUCCUGUUACAAUUACAUAAAUCAUACAAUAGCAACCUGGAUUUCAAUAAACGUGUUAAGACCUUGUUGAAUAA